AACGCGCGGCGGGCGGCAACCUCAUCAUGAGCGUGCGGGUGGCGCGGGCCGCGUGGGCCCGGGGUUGGGGCGCCGGCUGCCGCCGCGGCGCCGCGGACUUCCCGCUGCCCCCGCCGCGCGCCGUGGACGUGGCGGAGCUGCUGCGAGACGCCACGGCCGCGGAGGAAGGCCCGCGGGAGGUGGCGGCGCGGCGGCCGCCGGGCCAGUGCUCGGUGCUGCUCUUCCCGGGCCAGGGCAGCCAGGUGGUGGGCAUGGGCCGGGGGCUGCUCCGCUACCCGCGCGUCCGCGAGCUCUACGCCGCCGCCCGCAGCGUGCUGGGCUACGACCUGCUGGAGCUGAGCCUGCACGGGCCGCAGGAGGCCCUGGACCGCACCGCGCACUGCCAGCCCGCCGUCUUCGUGGCUUCGCUGGCCGCCGUGGAGAAGCUGCAUCACCUGCAGCCCGCGGUUAUUGAGAACUGUGUUGCUGCUGCCGGAUUCAGUGUGGGAGAAUUUGCAGCCCUAGUAUUUGCUGGAGCCAUGGAAUUUUCUGAAGGUUUGUAUGCGGUGAAAGUCCGAGCCGAGGCCAUGCAGGAAGCCUCGGAAGCUGUCCCCAGCGGGAUGUUGUCUGUCCUCGGCCAGCCUCAGUCCAAGUUCACUUUCGCCUGUUUAGAAGCCCGGGAACACUGCAAGACUUUGGGCAUAGAGAACCCCGUGUGUGAGGUGGCCAACUACCUCUUUCCUGAUUGCAGGGUGAUCUCAGGACACCUGGAGGCGCUGCAGUUCCUCCAGAAGAAUUCCUCCAAGUAUCACUUCAGACGCACCAAGAUGCUGCCCGUUAGCGGGGGGUUCCAUACCCGCCUCAUGGAGCCAGCCUUGGAGCCCCUGGCACAAGUUCUAAAGUCGAUUGGUGUCAAGAAGCCUCUGGUUUCCGUCCACUCGAACGUCGAUGGGAACAGAUACAUGCAUCCCAAACACGUCCAGAAACUGCUGGUGCGGCAGGUGGUCUCCCCGGUGAAGUGGGAGCAGACGAUGCAUGCCAUAUACGAGAGGAAGAAAGGCACGGAGUUCCCCCAGACUUUUGAAGUGGGCCCUGGGAAUCAGCUGGGGACCAUCCUGAAGAGCUGUAACCUGCAGGCUUGGAAGUCCUACAGGCCCGUGGAGGUGCUGGAGGACGGGACCUAGACCAGGCCCCCCGGCGGAUCUCCUGGUGCCCGGGGCGGCGGGGGCGCAGCUUAGGAGGGAGAAGGGGACCCAGGAGGGGCUGCAGCGGGCCUGGACCUGCUGCCCUGCCUGUCCCCUGGCUUCCUCCUCCGAGUGAUUGGGAGGCAGUGUUUGCAAAGUGGUUUGAAGGCCACAUAAAAAGCACUGAAAGUGA